AUGAAUCCACAGUUUCCCAACAUGAAUGCCAUGGGAAGGGGUAUGCCAAACAAUAUGCAGAUGAAUCAGAUGAAUCCUGCCUUCAUGAACCCGCAGAUGGCCAAUGCUAUGCGUGGCCAGCAGGGUAUGGGUGUGCAGGGAGGCAUGCAAGCCCAGAUGGGAAUGGGAAACGCACAGAUUCACCGCCAGAUCUUCCAGAAUCUGCAGAGCCAGGGCCCUUUCUCCGGCUGGCAAGCUACAGUUCCAAUGCCUGAACGUGCGAAUCAGAUCCGCCAACUCGUCGACUCUCUGCGUCUCGUCCGACCUCCUGUUGAGCCUCCUCGCGCCGCCGAUGUUGCCAUUCAAUUUGAAAGGAAAGCGUUCGCUCAAAGUGCCACCAAAGAAGACUAUAUCCGCGAGUGCCACGAAAAGCUGACGAGGAUUCGCGAUCAGAGAGUCCAACAGAUGAAUGUCAACAAUAGCGUUGGUACGAAUAAUGGCAGUAUGGCUGGUAUGCAAGGCGGCAUGCCUAUGCAAAACCAGGCUAUGAUGCAGCAGAUGGGACAGAAUAUGACUGUCAACCAAGGCAUGGGAAUGGGCACGCCUCAGCAGCAGAUGCAGCAGAACAUGUUCAAUCAGCAGCGACCACAGAACAUGCAGCAAAACAAUGUGAUGGCAAACCAAGGCAAUAAUGCGCAAAGCAAUACUGCACAAAGCAAUACGGGACACAAGGCGCCUGAGGGUUUGUCACAGGAAGACAACCAGACUAUCAAUCAACGUGCUGCGGAGCUGGCCAAGAGCACUCCAAAAGACAAAAUGCGUUCGAUCAUUGAAUCAAUGGACGCUCGACUGAGAGCAGGUCUCGAGGCAAAAGGCGUUGACCCAAUCAUCUACUACUUUCGCAUGAUGGCGACCCGCGAGUUCCGACGACAAAAGGACGCACAGAUGAUGUCGCAGUCAGGGCAGCAGAAUCAGAACAUGCAGGGUCAGACUUCGUUCAGCGACAUGGGCCGGUUUCAGAGUCAACAGAACGAAGCACUUCGCUCGCAGCAAGAGGGCGACAUGGUGGUGCCAGCAAGCAACAACCAAGGGACCAUUCCUGACCAUAUUCGAUUGCAGCAACAAAUGAUGGCCAACACUCAGCGAAUGAAUCAGCAAGGACCUAAUCAAGCCAUGCUUGAGCGGCAACGUCAGAUGCAGAUCCAAGCCAACAAGAUGCAGCAAGCGAGUCAGAUCAGGCAACAACAGCAGGGUGUCAAUCAGGGUCUGGCUCCUAAUCAGACCCCGCAACAAGCUAACGCUGGCUUUAACAUGCUCAAUCGCCCCGUUGGCAACAAUGUUCAAGAUCCCAGUCCACAGAAUUCGCGGCCUCCUUCGCGAGUCCCUCAGCAGCCCGGCAUGCAACCAGGUGGUCCACAGAUGAGUCUGCAAGAUCAGCAGAAACGUGAGCAAGCGCUCGCUCAAUUUCCUCCACAACUACAAAACAUCUUGCGACAGAAACCUCACACUGAAUGGGGCAACAUCAUACGAUCCUUCCAGCAGAAUAUGAAACGAAGCGUCUCUCAACAAGCCGCUAUGAACCAACAGCAGCCUAACCAGGGAAUGGGCACCCAGUCGAUGUCAGGUCCACCUUCGAUGCAGCAGUCUCUUUCCACUGGGGGCAUGGCACAAAGCGAUAUGGGUUCAAAUAUGCAAGGCGUACCUCAAAACCAAGCUCAGAUGAAUCAAGAAAUGAUGCGACAACGUGCUAUGCAACAGCAACAGCAGCAGCGCAUGCAGGGCGACCAAGGAAAGCAACAGCCACAAGUACAACCACUCGGUCCAAAUGAGAUGCAAAUCAUGGAUCGAGCCCCUGUGCCUAAUGCCAUCCUUCAACCCAUCCGCACCAGUUCACGAGCCCCACUACCCAAUGUGCAAGGGCCAUUUACCUGGAUAAUGCUGAAGCAAUGGGCGCAAGCGAACCCUAUUCCUGGUAUACCUAUGCCUCAGCUCAUGAAAUGGCAAGCAACGCAGUACCACACGCAUAGAAACAAGCAACAGCAAGCCCAGAUGCAGCAGGGCCAGCCGCAGAUGAUGCAGCGUCCAAUGAACCAGCAGCAACCCCAACAAUCACAAAAUCAGCCCCAGCCUCAGCAACAGCAGCAGCAGCAGCAGAUGGGCGCACCUGGUCAACAGAUCGGCGGUAUAACAAUCCCAACUCCAGCUGACAUCCAGCGCGUGAGGGCACAAAAUCCGAGGUUGCAGGGCAUGUCUGAUGAAGAUGUUCGUCGUGCACUUAUAAAUAAACAACGGCAGAAUCAGCAGGCCCAAAUUAAUAUGGCCAGGCAGGGCAUGCAUCAAGGGCAAGGCGUUCAAGGUCAGCCGCAACCAAUGCAUCAAUCUCAGAUGACGCAGAUGCAGCAAACUCAGCAACAAUCAAAGCCACCUCAACAGCAGCAGCAGUCACAACCACCGCAACCUCAACCACCGCGACCCCAAAGCCAGCAGGCGCAGGCGAGACCCAAUCAGCAACAACCUGUGAAGACUCCGAAUCAAUCAAUCGAAGGUCCGAAAGCUCCGUCAGCUCAACAACAGCCGCAGCAGCCGCAGGCUGGCCCGCCAGGACAAGUCACCCGAGAACAAUAUGAAGCCAUGUCGCCGCAACAGAAACAGAACUGGAUCAGGAUGCAGCAAAGACAGGCUAUCGCAAAGAAGAUUGUGGUGCUCACCGGGCAAGUUCAACAAGGCUUGGCCAACCUGCCUCCUCCGAACUUGGACGAUGCGGGCCGACAGCGAUUGAGCUUAAAACUCAGCGCUGACAACGUGAAGCAAAUGCUGGGACGAAUUGAUUCGUUCUUGGUGGCCUAUUACGACAUGACAAAGGACGAAGCUGAGUUGCGAAAGCUAGUCGAAUUUCGGACACUACUGUUCCGCCAGUACCAGCAAAAGUCCGUACAGGAGAAGACCUUUAUUCCCAGUGGCAAUUUCACCAUAAACAAUGAGAAGGCAGAAGAGAUGAUUGCCGAGCUCUCUGCCAAGUUCCAGCAGACUGCUGCGUCUAUACCUCGCCAAGGUGUGCAAGGUCAUCAAUUGACCCCUGAAAACCUCAAACAGCUUGAGGCGCAAGAGCAAGAGCGGAAGAAGUCUGUUGGCAACAAAAGCAGAGACGUACCCCCUGCCCCAACCUCAUCACAGCCCCCUUUCAGUUUUGGUGGGGAGCGAGGGCACGGUGCACCCACUUAUGCGCAGCCCGGUAUCAAGCAAGAGGAUCUCAAGUUGCCUGCUGAUCCCAAGCGACGCAAGAAGAAUCCUCCAGCAACGCCUUCCACAACUACGAAGACACCGACUGGCCCGACUCCCACACCUCCACAGGCCAAAGCUGCGCCCCCGGCACCUGCCGCGAAAUUCAAGUGUGUCUUCAAUUGCGAACGGCAAGUCAAAGGCUUCCAAACCCAAGCUGAGCUCGAGCAUCAUAUUGCCACUGCACACGGCAUGGAGCAAGUUAGCGACCCCCUCGCAUUUCUCGACGCGUCUCUCCGCGAAGCUUUCAACCUCGAUGAGAAUAUGUGCCAGAUUAUGAAAUUGCAGCCUCAGUCGCAACCUAUGGUCAAGACCGCGUCAAAUCUCAAGACAGAGAGCCGCGUUGGUACCCCUUCGGCUAUGGCUCGCAUCCCCAGUCAGUCCGGCCCGAUGACCUCUGCCGCCAUCAAGUCUGCGCAAGCUCAGCAAGAUGAAGAAGACAUGUGGCAGUACUCCAAUAUCAAGCCUGCUCAACUUGAUGACAUCUUUGGUGAUAUGGAGUGGGAAAGUGUCGUGCCAGCGACUACACUCGAACUACAAGAUCAGAUACUUGCCAAAUUCCGCGAAACUGAUGCAUGGAAGGCGCAGCUCAAGCAGCCGGCAGAAACCCCUGAGACUAACCGCAGCAAGAGUGCCAGCCCGCCGACGGCCAAGGACGCGGAACCUAAGACAGAGGAGAAGCCUGAAGACGAUUUUACGGUCGACAUGUCUGGUAUUGACGGCCUUGACCUCACAGGUCUCGAGGAAUAUGAGACAUUGGGCAUCUCCGACAGCUCGAGUCCGUUUGAAAUGGUUGAGAAGCCUGGCGAUGCCGACACCAAGAUGGCUGAUGGUGAGCCGCCGGAGUAUGACUUUCUGCGCAAACAUGGAAUCGAGCCGACGCUGCCGUACGAGCAACUCGAUGAGAACCAGAGGCAACUAUACGACUUCAUCAUGGAGCCCAUGCCGGACGAUACAGUGCAAUGGAUCGACGACGGCGAUUGGGCCGACCUAACAGCGAGACCGCGCGUGACGUAUCACAGCAUAUACCCCUAA